AUGUUCAACUUUCGGUCCUGUUGGCCCAAGGAGAACGAGUCUGUUUCUCCUUGGGUGGAGGACCAAACUUUGCCUGCAGCAGACGAGGACUUCAUAGAGGCAGCCAUUGCCCAUGCAGUUCGCCCACCAGGCGCGCUGACUGCUGACAAGUCAUCCAAAGCGGUGGGAAGGAUCCCUGUGUUCCAUCAGAUUCUAUCUGGCAGCGACUGCGACGGGUGGUCCUGGCACGUGGACCCGAAGAAUGUUGGUUGGGCAGAACUGGCAGUCGAGGUUUGUGACGCCUCUCCGCGCUACAUCGAGGAGCACUCAGAGGCAUGGCGUACAUCACCUGGCCGCUGGUGCCCAUGGAAAGUCCAGGUGCUCAAAGUUGAGGAUCGGAGAGGCAAGCGCCCAGAGUUCAUCAGCAAGCCUGCGUUGCGAGGACCUCUGGAGCCACCCGGGCGUAUUUGUGCGGGUCUUUUGAACAUGGCGCCAGAUUUCAAAACAGGCUCACCGUUGCAAUGCAAUUGCGAUGGCGGAGGGUUGGAACCAGCUUUGCUUGUUUGCCGGGGCGUGGGAGUGCGAGUCGUGGUUGAAAACCGCAAAGGCUCAGCUGUCCCAGUCUGGGACGAGCACAGCAACCGGUGCAAACUUUGUGCCAUGGACGAAGGCACUUGGGUGGAGAAGUGUAGCUGUGCAACGAUUACGGCCGUGUGGUCUGCCUGCGACACCUUCUGGGAGAUAGACACAACACACUCUGGCGCGAUUACCCGACAGGUGUACAUGGACUUCUUGAAGUACAUAUGUCCCACAGUCAACACGCUCCGCAUGCUCCGCAGAGCAAGGCCUUUCUUUGCUGCGCAUGAUCCGUUUCGGAAAGCACAAGAACACUGUGUAGUUGCAGAGCGCAUGUCACGUUCGUAUAGGCUGCAUUGCCAGCUGCUCGCUGCACCAAAGAAAGGUGAAGCUUAUCGACAUCUACUUCCGAGUAUAAGGAGGUUCAACGUCUCCAUCUUUUCGAUCGUCUGUCCGUCCAUAUGUUUGUGUGCUGACCUGUUCUUUGAUUUCUCUGCCUUGUCCCUUGCUGUGGAAGCCUGA